GUUAGUCACAAACGAUCAUCUUUUAGUCAAGGAGCUGAAGCUCCAUCGCCAGCAGCGGCAGAGGCACCCGUUGUGCAAUUAUAAUAAUUUUGAUAACUUACUAGCCACUACUCGUACAAUAUUUAUCGUCACGCUUUUUGUACUCACAUUGAGUAUUCAUUUUGAUUCGAACGAGGCGCGAACCUCGGAUGUGUUGAAAGUGCAACUACCACAUGGCGGUGUCCUGGUGGGCCGCCAUCGUGUCUCGCACAAAGGUCGGCAUAUUCGAGCCUUUAUAGGGGUACCAUACGCGUUGCCACCAGUGGGUGAAUUGCGCUUCAAGCCACCUGUACCUUAUGGCGCGUGGGUUGGCGAAAGACAUGCCAUACAAGAUUCGCCAAUAUGUAUACAACGUGAUCCCUAUCAGCGUCAUACAGAAGUUGAAGGCAGCGAAGAUUGUCUCUAUUUGAAUGUUUAUACACCCGAGGAGCUUCCCAAUACAGCGCCCUUACCUGUCAUGGUCUACAUACACGGCGGUGGUUUUCAAUGUGGUUCAGGCAUUAGCAGCUUUCAUGGACCGGAAUUCCUACUCGAUCAGGAUAUUAUUUUGGUUAUAGGCAACUAUCGCGUAGGUCCGCUCGGUUUUCUCAGCACUGAAACGCUUGAUUGUCCAGGCAAUUUUGGGCUAAAAGAUCAAGUUGAAAUUUUACGUUGGGUACAACAAAAUAUCGCUGCCUUUGGUGGUGACCCUACCAGUGUUACGAUUUUUGGUAAUAGCGCGGGUGCUGCUAGCGUCACAUACCAUAUGCUCUCAAAUUCACCCAAAGGUCUCUUUCACAAAGCUAUUGCGCAUUCGGGUAGCUAUUACAAUCCAUGGGCGCAACCUCAAUACAAGGACUUAUCGGCAAAUCGUGCACGCAAAGUGGCACAAUUGGUCGAUUGUGAUGCUGAGGCAAAAUGGCCAGAACUCUUAAACUGCUUGCGUGCCAAGAGCGCCAAAGAAAUUGUUGCCACACUCUAUGAAUUUUUUGAGUGGGACUAUGAUCCGAUGGUGCCCUUUCAGCCAGUGAUAGAGCCUCCACAUGAGGGCGCUUUUCUCACAGUUUGGCCACGUGAUGUCGGUUUACCGCACGGUUUCUCUUUGCCAUUCAUGAUUGGCGCCACCUCAGAGGAAGGUUUACUCAAAACGGCACCCCUGCUCAAUAUACCUGGACUCUUAGACGAGUAUAAACAACAAUUUGAUACGAUUCUACCAAUUGAGCUGCAAUACGAUCAUCAUUCACCAGAAGUGCGAGCAGAAAUUACAAAGAAGAUUGAAGAGUUUUACUUUAAAGAGGGGCAUACUUUUGACAAAUACAAUCAUCAGAAUUUGACAGAUCUCAUCUCAGAUGGCUGGUUUAUUGCCGGCAUCGAUGAAUAUAUACGACAACGUGUGGAAGUCAAAACGUCAAUGAAAGUGCCACCCUUCUAUGUAUACCUCUUCGAGCAUCGCAGCCCAGCUAGUUUCUCAGAAGUAUUCAAAGGUGGAAGAGAGGAUUAUUAUGGUGCUUGCCACGUUGAGGAACUGCAAUAUCUCUUUCCAGUAGCGAUGGAUUUAUUCGUGAGCUCUUCACCUACUAAAAGCGACAUAGAGCUUCGCAAUGCCAUGCUGCAGAUGUGGGUGAACUUCGCUAGAGAAGGCAAUCCAACGCCUGAAGGCUCUAAUCUCACGAAAUGGGACGAAGUGAAAAGCUAUCCAGUGAAUUAUGCUCGUCUAGGUCAUAAAACACCAGAAGAGUUUACCAUACUGCAAAUGGAGAGUGACAUAUAUGUCGAUCGCAUGAACUUCUGGCAUCAACUAAGGCCCCAUAUUCCGGCCGAAGCGCGUAAAAGAAGCCAUAAAGAUGAAUUAUAAAGUAAAUAUAUCUUUGUAGUAGUAGUAACUGUAAAAUAUUAUGAUAAAGAUACAUUUAUAUUAUAUUACCCAUAAUAUUAAAUUA